CUAUACUGUACAAACUGUCUAUACAUCAUUGAAGAGCACCGAAUUAUCCCACAAUUGAUGGUGACCCCGACGUGAUGUGGAUGAUGCAACUGGAAGGCGAAGAUAUCCCGGAAUGAGUGAAUACCUACUGGAUCCGAAGGAAGAGAAAAUCGGGAUAUAGGCUGGUGAGAACUAGUGAUUUUGGCAGCGGCGGUUUCCAUCAGCGGAGCCGAGUCACACCGUGUCGAGUUGCAUUGCCCGGCCGGUACCUAUUGUGCACAGCUGUUGUCGGCGAUAAGCUGACCUACUCAUCGUUUUACGAGGUUGGAUUCAAUUUAAUUAUUUAUAACUAACAUCUUCGUUAUUUUCGCCUACAAAAUGACCGAAUUAAAGGAUCUUUUAAAGCAAAGGGCCACAGUUAGAGGCCGCGUAACAUUAUUUGAAAAAUAUUUAACGCCAUUAAUGAGUCUCGAUAGUGUAACUGAGCGUAAUAAAUUAAUAAACAACGAAUUAAGUUUAAGAUUGUCUAAAUUCCAAGAGCUGAGUUACACUUUCGAUGAAAUUCAGACUAAAAUUGAGGCUUUAGAUAGUGAUACGUCAAAACAGAUGGAAGAAAGGGAGCAAACAGAAAACCAGUUCUUCCAGCUGAUUGGCACGGCUCAAGAAUAUUUAGAUGCGUUUACCAAUAGCAAAAUUAAACAAAGUGACGAGGUUUCAUGUCGUGGCAGUUCCACAUCAGUUACGAAUCACGUUAAACUGCCACCCCUGAAAAUUCCUCCCUUCAGUGGUGAUACAAAUAAAUGGCUUCAGUUUCGAGACAUGUACAUAUCUCUCAUUCAUAAUAAUGACAAUUUAGAUAACAUAAGCAAAUUUCAUUAUUUAAAAUCAUACUUGGAGGGUUCCGCUCUGGCGGUUAUUAAUUCGGUCAGCGUUUCUAGUGAUAAUUAUCAAAUUGCUUGGUCGUUGCUCUGCGACAGGUACAACAAUAAGCGCCUAUUAAUUAACGAACAUAUUAAAUGUCUAUUUUCAAUUGAGGCGCUAUCUAAAGAGUCCGACCGGGGCCUACGCAACUUAGUUGAUGCAAUUUCAAAAAAUUUAAGUGCUUUGAAGUUAUUAGGCGAACCGACUGACAGUUGGGGCACGCUUAUUAUUUAUAUAGGCUCAUCGAAGUUAGACUCGGUAACCGCGAGAAAUUGGGAGGAACAUCGAAGCAAAUUAGAGACUAAUAAUUUAGACGAUUUUUUCGACUUUCUUCGUAAAAGGGCAACUGUAUUAGAAACAGUCUACGCCGCCAAAACCUCAAAUACUCAAACUCAUAAUAAUAAGGUUGAAAAUCGUCAAACCUUAAAUAGGUCUAAAUCCUUCAUUUCUUCUUCGCUCGAUUCACACCCCCGUGGUUGUUGUUUAGCUUGUAAACAAGAUCAUAAAUUAUAUGAGUGUAACAAAUUUAAAUCAAUGUCUGUGGAAGAACGUAUUGCAAAGGUUUAUCAAUGGAAAUUAUGUAGCAAUUGUUUACGUAGUGACCACCAGACAUACCAUUGCCGCCUCGCUGGUUGCCGCAUUUGUAAAAGAAAGCACAACACUUUACUUCACAAGGUAAACAACCUACCCAGUGGUUCUCAACCGCACCAAACACAAUCAUCAUCAUCAUCAUCUCGACAAGAUGCACGAAAUAACGUAGAAGCGUCUACGUCUACAUCUAUGCCUACCAGUUCAGUGUCUAAUGUUGAAAUACCUACCAACAACACUGACAACGCAUCUUCUUGUCCGCGUCCGGCAAUUACACUGUCUGCUGGCUCCUCAGGCCUGGGUGUUCACUCCACGGCCAUAGUUGAGGUGUCAAACAAUGGCAACAUUGUCAAACUGCGCGCUCUUCUUGACAACGGCGCGCAGUCUUCUUUUAUAACGGAGGCGGCACGAGCUAAGUUAGGAUGCCCUAUAAUUAAAGAACACGAAUGCGUGUACGGUCUCAAAAAUGCAUCAGUAAAUAUUGUCGAACAUUGCAACAUAAAAAUUAGGUCUACGUAUACCUCAUACACUACGAACGUCAAAUGUUAUAUUUUGCCAGUCGUAACCGGGAUUGUUCCUCAAAACAAGAUACGAGUUGAGGAAUUAGACAUCCCUGGUCACAUCCAAUUAGCUGAUCCUGACUUCCAUCUCCCUGGAGAUGUCGAUAUACUUCUAGGUUUAGAUAUCUUCUGGGACGUUCUGGGCACUUCUCAAAUAAAGCUCGGACCAAAUAAACCAGUCCUCCACGAGACUGAGUUUGGAUGGAUCCUUGGUGGCCGCAAUAGCUGGAAAAUUGCAAAGCGUCCUAGUAAGUCUUAUUGCUAUUUCAGUCAGGAUAUACAACAACAACUUACAAAGUUUUGGGAACUAGAAGAAGUUCCUAAGGACAAGCCUACGUCAAAUAGCGACCAAUACUGCGAAGCUCUUUUUCAAGAAACUACGCAGCGUGACGAAGAUGGCAGAUUUUGUGUACAAAUACCUCUUCGUGAUUCACCAGAUGUCUUAGGCGACUCUUUUAAAAUAGCCGAAAGGCGACUUCAUCAAAUGGAACGUAAAAUGAAACAAAAACCUGAAUUGAAACAAGAGUAUACUAAAUUUAUGCAAGAGUACGAGCGCCUAGGACAUAUGAGUGAAGUACCUAAACCCGAGCCCGAUCCUACUGAUCUUUAUCCCUUGUGUCCCGGGCACUUCCUGAUCGGUAAACCGCUCACUUCAUUGCCAUCUCCGGCGCUCACCGAACUCAAUCCAAACCGUCUCAGAAAAUAUGAACAAAUUGAGCAGAUUCGUCAACAAUUCUGGGAGAGAUGGCGCACCGAAUACUUGAACGAGCUGCAACAACGAUCGAAGUGGCGCAUCACUCAAGGAAAACUCGCUGAAGGCGAUAUGGUGGUACUCAAGGAGGCCAACUUACCACCACUCAAAUGGCGCAUGGGCCGCAUCCAUCGACUGUAUCCAGGAGCCGACGGCAUCGCACGCGUCGCCGAUGUGAACACGUCCAAGGGCCUCAUUCGCCGCGCUGUUACAAAUCUAUGCCCCCUACCUAACGAUGAGUGCGAAGAAGCUACUCGAAAACCCACAGUUUCCGAGGGGGGGAAGAUGUCUACACUCACCCUUACCUGCUAA